UUUAUAAAAAUAAAAGUAUUUUGGAUUUCAAAGUACGGCAGUUACAAUGAUUUCCUAUAUUUCAUAUUUUCUUAUAUUUUAUACCGCCACUGCGGAUAAUUUAAAGGUUCUCAACUACCAGAACUCGGCAAAGACAAUCGUUCAAGACCUCAUAGACAACUGGCAGUCCCCGAUUGGUUACCUGGAGAGUCGCGGUUACCUGCCCAAGGAUCUUCAGUACGCUCCCGACCUGAAUGUUGAUAAUGCACAAAAUAACGCACCCCAAGACUUGCCACAGAACGAAAUAUCCAAAAAACAGUUCCAAGAAUCUGCCUCCGAAGCCGAAGCCAAAGCGGAAAACGAUCGACUAGUCCGCUCCUUUGACAAGCAGAAUUCCGACGACGUGAAGAAAAUGUUUCGCAGGCUUUUCUCAUCAGAAAAUGACGAUACCAUAUCCGAUGAACUCAAGUCCAAGCUGGACGUAUCCUGGGACAUGAAUCAGUUGAGGGCCACUGCCCGCAGGGAAGCCGAGAAAUGCUAUGAGAAAUUCUGCAAGAAACGCACACAGAAUGAUGCAACCCAUCCGACUGUCACGGACGAGCAGUUUGAUUCCGAUAUCGAUGCGGAGAUAGCACAGCUCUAUCCCUCUGUUCUACCCAAAAAAAAAAAUAAUGUCAAAAAGAAGGAAGUGAUGGCUGCCACGCCACACAAGAAACCCUACCAAUUAGCCAAAGGAUUUGGCAAAAUUCUGUGCAACCGUCAACUAGGAGAUGCGGCGAUGUACAAGCACUUGUAUUCAACAGCCCAAAGACAGGAGCAGAAGGCCGCUCAGGGCACGCAGUGACUUGUUUAAUUUGAAAUAAAUUUGUUUAGGAAAAAGGCAACCAAACGACUAUUAAA